AUGACAUCCGAACAUGGAGAGCGCCAAUUCUCCUGGUAUAAUUUUUGGAUAAGCUUCCUUGUGUCUCUUGGCCAGCUUGCGUUCGGAUACCCAGCCUCAAUCAUUGGAGCUACACUUGGAGAGCCACCUUUCUUAGUGUAUAUGGAUCUUCUUGACCCAGUCACAGGCGAAAUGAAACCCAAUGCGGAUAGUAUCAUUGGAGCCUUUAAUGGAGUGUUCCAAGCUGGCGCGUUUUUCGGCAUCUUGUUCGUCGCUGGCAUAAUGGACCGAUACGGUCGCAAGGCUGGAGUUGUCUUCUGCUGCUUCUUCUCUAUCGUUGGAGGAACGCUUCUCUGCGCAUCCCAGCACUACGGCAUGUUUAUCGCUGCUCGUUUCUUCGCUGGAAUGGGUAGCUGGGGAUUUCUCGCCGUAACCCCAACAUACUCCGCAGAACUAGCGCCGCCAAAAAUCCGAGGUCUUUUCGUCGGUCUUAACGGCGUCAUGAUUGCCUUGGGAUAUGGCUUAGCAUCGUACAUGGGCAUGGCAUUCUAUUAUGCUCAUGUACCUGCGGCGAAGUGGCGUGGACCGCUCGGGCUGGCCCUGUUGUUCCCACUGAUCAUGCUCGCUAUUAUGCCCUUCGUACCCGAGUCUCCGCGGUUUCUCUUGAUGCGUGGACGCGUCGAUGAAGCCCGUGAUAUUGUACUCAAGCUCCACAGCAUCCCUGGGGAUGUGGAGAACGAAUUUGCUCGUAGCGAGUUCUAUCAGAUGUCCAAACAGGCCGAGCUCGAUAGGACAGUAGAGGUAACCUGGUGGGAGAUGUUCUCCAAGAAGGCGUACCGUAAGCGAACCGCAUUGGCCAUGGGUUUCGCUUUCGUUGGUCAGUCUACAGCAGUCCUCGUGAUCAACAACUACGGCCCCACUCUGUACGGAAAGCUUGGAUACGGCACCGAGGAUCAACUCCGUUUGCAAUGUGGCUGGAUUACUGUAGGCGUGAUCUUCAAUGCCGUGGGAGCCUUCAUCAUGGAUAAGAUCGGUCGCAAGCCUCUGAUGAUCUUCGGUGUUGCUGGCUGCUGUGUUUUCCUUUGCAUCGAGGCCGCUAUGGUUGCCGAGUAUGCUGAGGCUGGUACCAACAAGGCUGGCUUGGCAAUGGGCGUGGCCGCUUUCUAUCUAUUCCUUGCGGUGUACUCAGUCGGGAUUGACGUCGCUGGUGUCACGUUCUAUUCCGAGCUCUUCCCGAACAACAUGCGCGCGAAAGGCAUCUGCUUGUCUAUGGCCACGAUUGCCAUAACGGACUUGGUGUAUCUCCAAGCAACUGCAACUGCGUUCGCACACAUUGGUUGGAAGUUCUACCUGCUAUUUAUCAUUAUUUCUGGUCUUGGGGCACUCCUCUUUGCCUUUCUUCUUCCAGAAACUAAGGGAAUCCCUCUUGAGGAGAUGGCCAAGUUGUUCGGAGACGAUGAACAUAUUGCGGUGUAUGCCUCACAAUUGCACGUUGACCACACGACUCACGAGUUGGUUUACGACGAGAAGAACGGACUGCAUCAUGUGGCAACCGAGGCAGGCGAGAAGGUUGGCAGGCCUGCGCAUACAGAGCAAGUGUGAGCCGUGAUUGUAAUCCGCAGCUCAUAACUGGUACGGGAUGGUCUGGGUGAGGAUCAAACAACGAAGAGAAUAGACUUGGCUGUAACUCAAUGGACGGAAUGGAAUAUAAGUAGUCCCGCGACACAAGUGGGAGACAAUCGUCGUAUUUCAGUG